AUGAUGUUACCAUUAUAUGCACUUUUCCUAAUUCCCCUGGCGAACGCAUGGACCUUCCGCACCACCAACGCAACCGGUGCUACUGAAAUCGCCCGCGGCGAAGAGGAACGACAGUGCACAAAUGCCACCAUCGGUAAAGGCAAGCUCUUUACAUGGGAUCCUGAGGGAUCCGAUCUUUGUGUCUCGAUAUACCGCGACAUCGAGUGUGAUUCCAGGGCGGGAUACGCGUGUGCGACCUGGAGGAAGAAUGCCAGCGAACAGUUUUUGGCUUUCGAUAUCCUGCCCGAGAGCGAGAUUGAGGCCAAACACAGAACCUCCACGGCUUUGAUGUCGACGUCGACGUCUUCAACAUCAUCCAAACCCACGUCUUCAUCUUCAUCUGCCGCUGCCGCAUCCGCAUCCGCAACACCCACCGAGUCCCGCGCAGCCUCUGCAGACAAUUCCAACAGCGGUUCCUCUAGCCCCGCACUCUCCGGGGGUGCUAUUGCAGGCAUUGUGAUCGGUGCCAUAGCUGGUGUUGCCAUUAUCGUCGCCUUUGUCUUCAUCUUCAUGAGAAAGAAGAACAAGAAGAAUGCCGCAGCUGCUAACCGGGAUGGUGGUUUCGGGCCCCAUGAGGCGGAUGCUACUGAAUCAUCGAUGGGCGGUACUACAGUGGCAGAGAAGACAGGAGACUCAAUUGCGGAGAAGGAAGCAGAAUCGGUCCGCCCAUUCAGACCUGUGCCUGGAUCUCAGGUUGUGGAAUUAGCUGGUGACGAAGGGAGUGCCGAGCUGGGUAGCAGUCCAAUCAGUGAGAUGGAUGGGACCAGCGCAAAGCGGCCGUUUAACGUGGUCUAA